ACGUUCCUCUCGAAAGUUGGCGAGAGUUUGUUGUAACUCGUUUCCAGAGCGUCGAGAGGACGACGCGUCUUUCCAUCGAUUCCCUGGCGCUCCGCAUGGAAAGUAAUCGGACGAAACCGGGCGAGAAGACGAGACCUUGGAAAAGAAGGCGAGACGCGGCGUCCUCGUCGACGAAGCUCACGGUCGACUGGGCGGCAUUAGCCUCCCAGUCAUUAACGGAGUCGUCGACUCUGAGCCCGCCUGGCAUGUUUACUGAGCACGUCCGAGUCGGUCGACGUUACUCCCAAGGGGCUGCUCGCCCCGGGUAUUUAAGGAGACGAUCGGCAAAUGGCCCCGCUAGAAGUCUCGCGACGGUCAUUUCCUGAAGACGACGACGACGACGCUCUUCCUCCGCAACGAUGGUCGAUCACCCGCCGACGGUGAUCCUGGCCAUGGGCUUGGUGGGCCUGGUGGCCCUGCUCGGCCUGGGUCGAGCGAGCGGCCAGCUGGACGCCCCGUGGGAGCCGAGGUACGCGAGGAGCGGCGCCGUCAGCAAGUACUGCGGCAGGCACCUGUCGACCGCCCUGCAGCUCGUCUGCAAGGGCAAUUACAACUCCAUGUUCAAGAAGAGCAUCCGAGAGUCGGGGACGGAGACGGAUACCGAGGCGGCCGAGUACGAGGACGACGUCGGCCCGAACGAGGUGGAGCCCGCCGAGCCGUUCCUCUCGCGGACGGUGGCCCUGGCGAUGGCGAUGGCGAUGGCGUCGCCGCGCGCGGGCGGCCGCGGCCGCUGGCUCGGCGACCGGGACCGGGACCGCUUCCGCAGGGCGGCUCGCGGAGUGCACGACGAGUGCUGCCUGAAGCCCUGCUCCAUCAGCCAAUUGGCCAGCUACUGCGCCCGCUAAGGCCGAGCCGGGUUCCGUGACCGACUCGGGCGUCCACGACUACGGAACGACUCCAAGUAACCGAUGCAACGUCGAAUAAACGAUGAGAGAGUAAGAGGAAUCGCGGGGCGUUUCUCGGAGGAUUCCCUUCCCCCUGGACGAUUCCGCUAGGAGACCGGCCCGAUCCUUAGGAGUCGAUGUCGACCCCGGGGGCGGGAGCGAUGGAUCCCUCGUUC